AUUUGGCAGUUGAAAUUUGGAAUAAUUUACAAUAUUUCAAUAUUUAAGAAAAAACAAAUAUUUAUAUUUAAUGAUGGCAUUCAUUCAAGAUUGCGGUUUACUUGAAUCGCCCAAAUUUGAGGACAUCACUCAAUCUCGGCCAGAGGAUGCAUGGGAAUAUAAGCCUUGUCAGAAAAAAUUCGUUAUGAGGCCGGAAGACGAGAUAAGCUUAGACAGCAUCUUUUCCGCGUUACUCUCUAUCAUCGAACCCACAGAGAAGCAGUUUCAAGAAUGCCAAUGGGACGUGACCGCUAAGGAAAUGCGAAAUGAGAAACAGGCACUGCUCUUUGAAGAAAAGCUUUAUAUAUCACAAGUUAAAACUGGGCCCUGCAAACUGAAUGAAGAAAACAAAAUUUUUCUGGAAAGUGAGCUGAAAGAAGUUGGUUACAUGAACCUCAACAUAGAAGAAAGCUAUGAUGGUUAUGUAGUAUUUAGCCGCAGUCAAAUGGAAAAAGGGAAAAGCAAGAAUAUUUGUGGCCACUGUUUGCGGGGCAAAUAUAAUGACAAAUUUUUACUAAUAGUAGAGAAGCGUAGUGAGUUCGAUUACAUAGACAAAGCGAGAAUAGAGAAAAAUAUGGAAGCCCGUAAUAAAGGAGAUACAUUGAUGGUGAUUCGAGAAACCAAAAUAAAUGCUGACUCACAAAAAUUUAAAGCUGUAAUUAAUAUCAAAGAUCGAAUGCCAGUUUUUAUCAUGGAUGGUGGUGUACAACUAGCGAUGCGGAACUUAAUUAUCAAUAACUUUGUUGGGAACUUCGAAUAUUAUACUUUGAACCUAUUCGGAAAAGUGUUACGUGGUAUCAUCACAGUAGAGAAGGAACGUAAAAAGGUGCGCAUAUUCUAUCGGAACUUUGCUGACGUAAUUGUUGUAAAGAACUGCAAAUAUUUCAAUGAUGUCGCUGAAGAGAAAUCCGAAACAUAUUUUAUUUCAAAUGGCAAAAUAGUAUUACAUUUUUGGCCUGACUAUAACUACCUACUGCAUACAACACGUUGCCCACAAAAGCCGAAAGAGCGAAUACUACCUAAACUGGAAUUAAUGUGGAAGAGAGACAACUUGCUUUUUAGCCAUUACCAAAAGAAAAGAAAACUAACAUUAGAAAGUGCCACACAAUAUUUACAAACUCAUCCCGAAGCAGUGGAUUUCAUAUACGACUAUAUACUCAGUCUGCUCAAGUAUAAACCAGAUUCAGUAUUUCCUUUCACAAUUAAGUUCUUCCACAAUAUGAAAAGUACAUAUUGACGUAAGUGUUUCGGAGUUAAAGAUAUUUUUUAGAAAACAAUUUUGAGUUCAUUAUAAAUUUAAGUGUUCAGGCUUUUGUUUACAUAAAUAGGUAUUUUCAAAACUUUUAAUCGUGAAAUAUAAUAUUAUAUACAUAAAUGGUCAAAA